AUGACAGUACUCAUCAGCAUGGAGCGCCGGACGCCCGAUCAUUAUGUGAUGAAAAAAGGGAUGAGAGUGGAUGAGGCGACGGAUAUUGAUCACUCCUUCCCCUCGCUUCCAACACCAUCGCCAAUCCCUGCCCACACUUCCCUCGCCACGCUCACCCUGCCCACACUUCCCUCGCCACGCUCAACCUGCCCACACUGCCCUCGCCACACUCACCCUGCCCACACUUCCCUCGCCACACUCACCCUGCCCACACUUCCCUCGCCACACUCAACCUGCCCACACUCCCCUCGCCACGCUCACCCUGCCCACACUCCCCUCGCCACACUCACCCUGCCCACACUUCCCUCGCCACACUCACCCUGCCCACACUUCCCUCGCCACGCUCAACCUGCCCACACUCCCCUCGCCACACUCACCUGCCCACACUCCCCUCGCCACGCUCACCCUGCCCACACUCCCCUCGCCACACUCACCCUGCCCACACUUCCCUCGCCACACUCACCCUGCCCACACUUCCCUCGCCACGCUCAACCUGCCCACACUCCCCCUCGCCACACUCAACCUGCCCACACUUCCCUCGCCACACUCACCCUGCCCCACACUUCCCUUCGCCACGCUCACCCUGCCCACACUUCCCUCGCCACACUCAACCUGCCCACACUUCCCUCGCCACGCUCACCCUGCCCACACUUCCCUCGCCACACUCACCCUGCCCACACUUCCCUCGCCACACUCACCCUGCCCACACUUCCCUUCGCCACGCUCACCCUGCCCACACUUCCCUCGCCACACUCAACCUGCCCACACUUCCCUCGCCACGCUCACCCUGCCCACACUUCCCUCGCCACACUCACCCUGCCCACACUUCCCUCGCCACACUCACCCUGCCCACACUUCCCUCAAUAUGAUGAUAGCAUCUGUUGUAGUUAA